AUGGGUAUGAUACAACGGAUCAUCACUAGUGGAGCCUGGACUCUGUGUCAGGGACGGUUCAGAGGUUCCAAAGCCAAUCAACUGACAAGUCAUGAGGAUAACUUGGGCCAUGAAAAGUCCGUUUCCUACGCUACUGAGAAUUGGAAAACAGGCAAUCCUACCGAAAACAGAUCACACGGCCCCACAGGCGGGCAGGACAAGCCACCGGGCCCUGGUGCAGGAGCUGCUCGCUCCACACAUUGUUUAGAGGCCGACGCGACACAGCCAUCUUGCGUCGGGGGCCCGGGCCCAGGAGGAGAGCGAGCCCCGUCCCCUGAUCCUGGAGGCCGACACCGGCGAGAAGCUGCCCUGCACGCAAGCGGCCGGCCCAGGAAUCUGAGCGGAUCAAGUUGUCUGCGGCGGACUCGGGCCGGCCCCGCAGGACCCGGCCCCACUUGGCCCAGCGCGCAGGCGGGAAGGAGGCCGUCGGUCCGCCCCUCCCGCUGCCGCAGCGACCCCGUCCGACAGCGGGCACAGGACGCUGGAUUCCUAUUUGCCAGCUUCCUGCUGGGGAGCGUUUUCCAAUGGGGCGCGGCGACCCGGCCGACCGCGUCCUCCUCCCCCACUGCCGCCCGGGUCUCCUCGGAGGCGCGCGCCAGGGCCUGCGCGGGGGUGGCCCCUCCUUCCCCUCCCCGCCGCGACCCGAGACGCCCGCAGGCCGGGCGUUCACCCGCCGCGCCUCCGCCCGCCUUCCCCUCCCCCUACUUCCCUCCGGGCGCCCCAAACCCGGGCCUCGGGGGUUCGACGCCGUGCGCACACGGAGCGGGAUGGGAGUGCAGGGCCGGGGGCGGGGGCUGGCCGGGGGCGGGCGGCAGUCUCGGCGGGAGCCGGCGGCCCCUCAGCGUGUCUUUUGUGUUUCCGCCGCCGCGCCGCCGUCGCUCUCUAACGCCAGCGCCGCCUCUCGCUCGCCGAGCUACAGCCGAAGGAGAAGGGGGAAAUGGAGGUAAGGAGCGAGUUUCCCUUUUCCCUCUGACGGCGGCGGCUCCCCAGUCUCUCGCCGCCUCAGCCCAACAGCAGCAACCGCCGCGGCGCCGAGCCUGCUCUCCCUCCUCCUCCCCGCGCCCCUGGCUCUUCUUUCUUCGGUGA